GGUAGAAAACUGGACACCUGGCAACCCUAACUGUAAAUUGCCACCAGAGCACCAUGCUCUGUGUGGCUGAGGGCUGGGACAUGCUGUACUCUGUGAUAUGCAGUGGGCUGGCUGCCCCAGGCCUUCCUCCUUCCCUCCGAUGCCCCACCUCUUCCAGGAGUGUGAAGCCGAGCCCCUUCCACCUUUCCCAGAGGCCCACGGAGGCUGUUGGCUCCCAUAUCCACCCUCAUGUCUCUUCCUGGACCUUACAUCCCAGUAAUAGACACAGGGUCCUUGUUCCAAACCCUUAGUCAGAAUGACUACCCUCUAUCUCUACCCUCACCUUUCCCUUUGUGUUUCACCCUUUUUGCUUCUUUGUCCCAAAACCAAAUUUGAAUGUAUUUCAAUAGAUCCUUUGCACCUUCUGACUGUAAAUCAGGCAAUUCUGUAUUAUAUCAAAUGCUUCCCUGAAUCUCAGAUAUCUUAUGUCUGCCAGUUUCUUAAUGUACAACAACUUAUCAGUUGAACAGGGACAGGUAUAACAGCGGAGAACACUCCUCUUUGUUUCUUUCAUUAGCUAGUUCAAGGGCACCCUCCAAUCCCUUUUUACUAAAGUGAUAUUUCUGGGGGCAUGAACCUUAGAGAGCAUUAUAUGGGACAAAGGUUAUUUCAAUACCUUAACUUGCCUCAUUUGUCCUAUAUUACCUGAGAUUCACAAAGCAAGGCUCAGUGCUGCUUCUUUCAGAAUUAAAGGCCCUUUUCCUCCGGUAUUUUUCAUAGUAUUAUUUAUUUUCAAUAAGCUGAUUUGUAGUCACGUUCCCCUUCAUCUCAGUCAUUACCACUGAGUACCAGCUCAAUCCAAGUCCUCCUGGCAGUGCACUGUGCAGGAAAUCUGCCCUGCUGUUGCCUGAUUGCCAGCCUCUUAAUCAUCAGUCUGUCGGCUUCCACCAGCACUAAAAUUAACAGUAAGAAGAAUGAAACAACCUAACAUUUUUUGCAUCUCUGCUUAAUCGUGUCAUCAAAAGGGAGAAGUCUCGUUUCUCAAUUUCUCUCUCAUCCAUGUGGUUGAUUUACUCGUAGUCCUCCCACUGCGGUGUGUCCCAGUGCUGUCCUUACUGAUUUUCUGCCUGUCUUUGUUCCUUUCAGAGUUCCGGCUGGGGACUGUAUAGCAGGAUGGCUGCUGCGGAACCCCUGACUGCCUUCUCACGGUGGUACCUUUAUGCCAUUCAUGGCUAUUUUUGUGAGGUGAUGUUUACAGCUGCCUGGGAGUUUGUGGUCAACUUUAACUGGAAGUUCCCAGGUGUCACCAGUGUUUGGGCGCUCUUCAUCUAUGGCACCUCCAUCCUCAUCGUGGAGAAGAUGUACCUUUAUCUAAAAGACAAGUGUAACAUUUUAGUGCGCUGUCUCAUUUACACCCUGUGGACAUACCUUUGGGAGUUCACUACUGGCUUCAUCCUGCGCCAGUUUAAUGCCUGCCCUUGGGACUACUCACAAUUUGAUUUUGACUUCAUGGGACUCAUCACCCUAGAGUAUGCCAUCCCAUGGUUCUGUGCUGCGUUCAUCAUGGAGCAGCUGGUAAUCAGGAACACCCUACGCUUGCGAUUUGAUGAAAAUGCCGAGCCAGGGGAUCCCACCCCCACAAUCGCCUUGGCCAAUGGCCAUAUCAAAACCAAUUGAACAAUAACCCACCCCCACAUCGAAAGUUAGAGAACCCUCCAACACCCUAAAAACUGUCAACUGGUCUCAAAGACAGAUACUUCCUGUAUGAUACACAAUUCCCCUCUCACGGGGCAUGCAUGGGAUAUAGCUGAAUACAAAUGGAACCAAUAGAUUUUCUAUGGAUUUUACUUUUUUGGCCACAAGCAGCAGUGUCAGCUACUUGUUGGUUAAAUAGUUUCUGACUUUUAACUUAUUAUGAAAAGAAAAAGUCCUGUUAGCUGCAUUUUACUUUGUGGUGAAAUGAGAGAAAAUGCUACAGUUGAAAUGUAUACAAAAACAGGUGGGUGGGCAUGGGUGCCCCAGCUAAAUUAGUGAUUUGGCUUAUUCCAUUAGGCAAUAUUCAGGUGCUUGCUUGCAACCAAUACCUCCCAUGGGGCCUGAGAUGCUGCAGGAUCAAGGAAAAUCCAUCUGCUGUCGAGAACGACCCAACAGUGGCGCUCUACUGGGGAGGUAGUCAGCGCCCCCUCUUGUGGUCUCCCUGGCCUUCCCCUGAAGCUCUUUAUUGCACCAGAGUGUGUUAUGGUGCUGGACAUCUUGCUGGAUUUAUAUGAAACUUGUACUUUUCAAUUCUUAGUCCUGAUGCUCACUCGAGAGUUUCCCCAACUCCUUUUUAUAAAUAAAAGGCCUUUUCUGCCGGGUGAAUUCCACCAUACUCUGUGCAAUCUGAAUCACGGCAAAGUGGCCAAAGAGAGAGAGAGUCGAAGUCUUCCCCUCACAGUGGAACCCAUCACAAGGGCUGCUCCAAGCUCCAACUCCAGUUCCAACCAGACAAAUGCAAUGGAGAUGUAGAUGCCACCUGGGGUUUUCUGCCUUCCUUCCCAGGGAUUUCUCUGUCACUAAGGAUGCUGAUGAUUUAAUUCUGACUUGCACUGCCUGAUGUCAAAGUCGUUAUUUGGCUAAGACAGCAACCAGGAAUCAGUCGGAGUCCUCUGGGACAGACUAUAUUGCCUACGUCCAUUUCCUCCUGCACCAGUUGAUCAUGUCUCAGCUUAUCCCACUGUUCUUCUCCGAGUACUGACUAUAUUUUCCCUUCCCAAAUGCUCUUUUAAACUAAGUUCAGCAAACCCUCUCCAUAAAGCUGAUUUGGGGUGGCACAGUAUGUGCCUCGCUGCUCAGUUCAGGGAGUCUGUGAAAAAAGAAAGUUGCUAAGGAGCACAGUAGGGCUGUUCCUCAGUCUCCUCCAGAUGAGGAUGGGGUUGGUUUGUGAAGGGGCAACAGGGAAGCAGAAGGGCUGCAAGGUUCUCUUGCUCCAUUUUAGAGCUCUCUCAGCCAGCGAGAGUUUCAAAUUGAGUCACCUGGAAACAAUUCUGAGGCUGUGGGGAUGCUGAAAGAUGCAUAGCUCUAGCAGCCACUGAUUAAUUGUUUGUCCUCGGGAUUCUUCAGGUAUGUCUACACUGCAUUCCUCUUUCGAGAGAGGAAUGCAAAUGCAGCUGAGUGAAAUUGCAAAUGAA